ACUCCGGUUCAAAUAAAAACGCAAUCACCCAUUAUUACUAAAUGUCAUCCUAAAUUGUUAAAUUAUUUGGCACAUAUCUGCUUCAGUGUUAUCGCGCCCCAUCACCACCUAAGCUGUAUCUCAGCCGUUUUCAGGAAAUUGUCGUGACAGCAGUUCUCACACAGACACAUGGAGGUUUUUUCCGCAGAAGCAACAACAACUUGACAGAGAAACUUUAAGGGGCAGUUCACCGCUUUGUGAGGUGGCUGUGAAUCCCCUUGUAGGCUAAGUGAGCAUAGAGUUUCCCUGAAGUUCACACAGCAGCACACAGCUUUUCCUGUUAACGAGUCUGCUCCGUUCAGUGCGGAUCAUCUCCUCGACUGACUAAUGGCUGUGCAUUUGAAGAUGAUGCGAUUGCUGUUCCUGUGUCUGAUGCUACUGCUGCCAGCUGCUUCUGCUGUUUCCGAGUUGGAAGGAUCUGCUGAUGGAGUUCCGGAUGAUGAUGAGGAUUCAGUGAUUCUAAAACCUUCAGACUCACGUCUAGCUGAAAGUGUAACUGAAGGGCCAGAUCAGUUCACCCUGAUUAUCAUCAUUGUAGCUGUGGCUAUGUUGACUAUUUCGGGUGCUGCAAUAAUCAUCACAAUGUUAGUAAGAAGGAAAAUGCGCAAUCGAGAGCAAGGGAUCUACUCCGUGCCCACAGAGCAGGACCAGAAAGGGACCGUCUAGUUCCUGGUGGAGUCCAAUAACAAACAAGAGAGGAGCGUUGGGUUAUGUCGUUUCCUACUCUUUGACUCAGGACAGAUUUAUUUGCACAACAGCCUGCUUCCUCCAUGCAGUUCAUAGUUCGCUACUACACCAACUACUAACAAAACAUAUACAUUUUCUUUCCACUGUUGUAUACUUUAGUCUCUGCCCCAGCCGUGUAUACACCACAAACACGCAAUUUAGCCGGGGACAUUUGGAACACAUUCAAACCUUUUUAAUUGGAUUCUAUUUGAGGAAUCCAAAUCCAAGCCAGUGAAUAUGGCUUAAAGCUUCUUUAGUUAAAAGGGAUGAUUUAGCACAGCAAGAGCUUCCCUUUUUUUAACUACCUGAAACAAGAAAUGAUUCCUACCAGCCAUGCAGUGAAAGUGUAUUUGCGUUUGAUUCGGUGCCUGUGGAACAGACCUGCCUGUGUGAAAUGGUUGAGGAGCUUGACAAACCAUGCUAAUCCACGCUAAGCCAGCCCAGUGCUCACUUCACUUGUCUGACACCUUCUGUUCUAGGCCCAGGAGUGACAGGAGGUUGAGCAAUAAGAGAUAAAAACCUGUUCAACCUCUUCUCAACCUUAGUAAAUAGACAUGUGAAAAUAGUGUGAACAUCUUGCAAGAAAUUAUAUGAAUCAACUGCCCAAAGAAUGAUGUUUUCCUUCCUCCCUUUCUGUUACGUUAUGAAAGGCUUUCACUUUAGGCCCGCUGGCUGUAAAUACAGCAGCUCUCUGAGGGCAGUAGAGAGUUAGACUAAUGCUUCACACUGGUAGAAAGAAGCUGGGUGUGAGGGAGGAUUUAAUCUCACAAAUCAAAUAAAGUCCUGCGGAUGAUUGGGAAAAUAACAACAAUGGUUUUGUUUUAUACACACAAAGCGUUAUGGCUCCUCUCUUUCCAUUUAAAUGGAAAUCAAUCAUGUCCUGUGAAAGAAAGCUUUCUGUCCUAGAACCCCACGCACUGGUUGCAUUAUUUGUUGCAAUAAAGAGGGAACUCUCUCUUGCCAAGGUUAAAGGGGAAUGGGACAUGCGCCCGAUCGACAUGACGGUAUUUCAAUUGUAGAUCAUGACGACACUUAUAAUGGAGAAAGCGCACUGGGGAUGGCUACAUGGGGUUGAACACUGGAUUUGUCAAAGCAGGAUCUCUCUUUGCUCUUCCACUAAAUCCUGCCGUUAAUCUUGCCACUGGGGACAGGGCUUGGCCUCAUUCCAGCCUGACUUGAGAGCAAAAACAAUUGGGCAGUCACGUCCUCUACUGUGCGUACAGCAGUUAUAGGUCUGUUGAGGCGUUGCCUUGAAAAUGAUGCAUCCCAAGACACAUUGGCAGAUGACAUUAUUGUUUGGGUGUUUGUUUUAUGAUCAGAUUUGAGCACUGUGUACGUAUGUGUCACACAAGCGUAGCAUUGCCCAAUGAGCCUUCAAUAUGUGCCAACAUUUCAAUUGGUGGACAAUUGGACAAACAUUGCAGUGCAAAACAUUUCAGUUUUUAUUACGUCUUAGUAUUUCCCCUUUUUCUGUCGGAAUGACAAACCAUAAUUGUACAGCAUGGCAGCAGUGUUUUCUUUUAAGAUUUUUUUCAAUAAGCAGAAAGAGAAAUGCAGCAUUUAUGGUAGCCUGUUCUAAUGUGACCAAACUCUACUCCGUUAUUCCCUCCUGUAAAGGCUCUCUGCUCUGACACUGCGUUUGUAAAUGUAACAAAAGUAGGUGUCGAGCUUUUGUUUCUUUCUCAAUGGGAUUUAUCUGGAAAAGGUUCCGAUUUCUUUUCUUUUCUUUACAGGCUUGAGUACGGUGUCCCUGAGGUCAAUGCACUGCAACUUAAGAAGCAUAUACAAAGAAAACAUCUUUAUCAAGGUGACAAAAUGUAAGCAUGAUAAGAAAUAAAGAGAAUCAAGUACAGAGACGUGCUACAAAUACACACGUCUGCACAAUUUGCAGGAUUCCUGUACUCAGAUGUGCAUGUGCACGAUGUCUCUCUUUGUUUGUCUAAUUGCACGUUUUCUAAAGCUGCAGUCCAUAAAGCCAUCAGCGCCCCGUACUAAAGGCUUUGCCUGGCCUUACACAUUUCUCUUUAGGAUUUAUAAUAUAUUGUAUGUAUUUACAGACCUAUAUAUUUGCAUUGUGUCUCUUCACAGAACAACAUACUGUACUUGGCUAUAUGGUCUUUUUAUAUACUUAAGGGGUUAUGUAUUAUCUCCACUGUUCAUUUAUAAAUUGCUUGUAAAAAGACAUUUGUGGUGAGUGAGAGUAUGUUUUUUCCAAAAACUCUUUUAUAAAAUGUCUGCAAUUUUUUGUUUAGCAAAACAUUUUAAUUUGAACUUAAUGUUGAAUACUGUUCACAUGUGCGAAGGCAUUUGUCUUUCUGGAAGAACUCCCACUUAAGUGUUUGUGCAAAGGGAAUUCACAUUGUUUUUAAAAAUAAUUAUUUACCAUGUGUAUAUAUUAUAUAGCUAUAUACAGUAUCUCAAUUGCAGUCAUAUCAUGAAUCAAUUGUUUGCAUAUCUGCUCUCUCUGAUUUGUUCUGAUACUUAUCAGAACAGUUGAUACUACUGUAUAUUACUAAGGUAUGCUGUACUCUGUUUAUAAAAUGUGCUUGCUUUCUCCCA